AGGUCAUUUUGUUUUUCUAAAGAAAAUAAUAACGUUUUCUUUUUCUUUUAAUUAUUUUUCAAAAUUAGUUUUUAAGAAGCCACAGAAAUAAUUAUUGUGGUAUGAGAAAUUUUCAUUAUUUUUAUAAUUCAAAAUUUAAAUUGGAAAAAGAGGGAUAUCAGUUUUAUUAUUUCUUUUUACACAGAUUUUGUAAACAAUAAAUUAGACAGUGUCAUUUUCUCAUCACUUAUUCAUAGUGGAUUUACACGUUCAAGUUUCUUCUUUCAUCUUUUAUUUUGAAUUAGGUCCCAAAAUAUUGAAUCUUUGCUGCUCUAUUGUUCCGGUGAAAACCCGAAAAAGAAAAGUGAAGAAUUUUUUUAGGGUAUAAUUUUAUUGUAAAAAAUCAGAAAAAAAAAACAAGUAUUUCAACUUUCAAGGGACAAGGCAAUAGGGUUUGAUGAUUUUGAAUUGUAUUGUGAACCGCUGAAUUGGGUUUUGGUUACAAUUUUUGAUGGUAAAUUUCUGUUUCAUGUUAUAAGAGAGUUUAAUUUUUGCCCCCUUUUUGUUUGGUGCAAUUGUUUUGCAUGCUUGAGCACUUUUUGAAUUUGAAUUGGUAUCUGAGUUAGGUUGAUAUAUUGUGCAAAUUUUUAAUCAAGAUGAUUUUUUCAUUUGGAUGUGGUAGAAUUUUUCUGGGUUUGUUUGAUUGAGUCUAAAUUUGAUGAACAAGUUUGUAAUCUAGAAGGAAAAAGCAAAAAGGAUUGCAUAUUAACUGUUUGUGACUGGUCUUUUGGUAAUAUUUGCUUUGGUUUCGUGUGAAUUUUGCAAAAGAUUUCAAGAAAUUGGUAUAUAGUAAUUGGUGUUUUAGUGAGCAAUGUUUAAGCAAAUACUCAGUAAGAUUCCUAGGAAAUCAUCGAAAUCAUUGGAGAAUCGAGAUCAUAAAAGUGUUUCUAUUGCUGGUUCGAAUGCGUCCACCAGUGUUAGGAAGAGUGAUGUAGGCUCUAACAAGUCUAAUAACCAGCAUAAUCUGGGUUCUAAUGCUGCUUCAAAUGUGGGGCAGAAUCAGGGAAAGAAAUUGCCUCGAACUGUAGAAUCGAUGAUGAAUGGUGUUAUGUUGUCAUCUUAUGAAGCAUUGCCAAGUUUUAUGGAUGCUCCAAGCUCAGAGAAGCAGAGCUUGUUUAUGAGAAAGCUUCGUAUGUGUUGUGUUUUAUUUGAUUUCCAUGAUCCAACAAAGAAUCUGAGAGAAAAAGAGAUAAAGAGACAAACAUUGUUGGAAAUAGUAGAUUACAUUUCUUCGGCUAAUGGCAAGUUUUCGGAGAAUGUAAUGCAAGAGGUCAUAAAAAUGGUAUCUGUAAACUUAUUUAGGUCUCUUGCCGCUCAACCUAGAGAAAACAAAGUUAUAGAGGCGUUUGACGUUGAAGAGGAAGAGCCUUUGAUGGAUGCCUCAUGGCCUCAUUUACAGAUAGUGUAUGAGUUCUUAUUGAGAUUUGUGGCAUCUCCUGAAACUGAUGCUAAAUUAGCCAAGAGGUAUGUUGAUCAUUCCUUUGUGUUGAAGUUGUUGGAUCUUUUUGAUUCAGAAGAUCCCCGAGAAAGAGAUUAUUUGAAGACGAUUCUACAUCGCAUAUAUGGAAAAUUUAUGGUGCACCGCCCGUACAUUAGAAAGGCAAUUAACAAUAUAUUUUAUCAGUUUAUUUUCGAAACCGAGAAACAUAAUGGGAUUGCUGAACUUCUCGAGAUACUGGGGAGCAUCAUUAAUGGAUUUGCUCUACCACUGAAAGAGGAGCAUAAGCUUUUUCUUGUUAGGGCACUCAUACCUCUGCAUAAACCAAGGUGCUUGCCUAUGUAUCACCAACAAUUAAGUUACUGUAUCACACAAUUUGUUGAGAAAGAUUGCAAGCUUGCUGAUUCUGUAAUUAGAGGGCUAUUAAAGUAUUGGCCCAUCACUAAUAGUUCCAAGGAAGUGAUGUUCUUGAGUGAGUUAGAAGAAAUUUUAGAAGCAACACAAAUGCCGGAAUUCCAGCGAUGUUUAGUGCCCUUGUUUCGUCAAAUUGCCCGUUGCUUGAGCAGUUCACAUUUCCAGGUUGCAGAAAGGGCACUAUUCCUGUGGAACAAUGAUCACAUUGAAAACUUGAUCAAACACAACUGCAAGAUUAUUUUACCUAUUGUAUUUCCUGCACUGGAAAGGAAUACACGAAAUCAUUGGAACCAGGCUGUUCAUAGCUUGACCCUCAACGUACGAAAGAUCUUGUAUGACUUUGAUUCCGAGCUUUUCGAGGAGUGUUUACAAAAGUUUCUGGAAGAUGAAUCAAUGGAACAGGAAGUAGACGUCAAACGUGAAGCGACUUGGAAAAGAUUAGAAGAAAUUGCUGCAGGAAAAGCGAAAAUUACGGAACCAGUGCUCGUCCCCCUCAUUUUACCAGCUCGUAUCACUUCUGGUCUUUGAUCACCCAAGCAAAGAUCACUCCUUUUUUCGUAGUUUACGUGGGUGGGCUUGAAUAUUUUUUGACGCCUACUUCAUUAACCGAUGAAAUAUAACAGAGUUCCGCGGGUGGAGUUUCUCGGGUGUUCAUUGACUUCUUUGUUAGUACUCUCGUUUUUCCUUGGCCAAAAGCCGAAAGGAGGAAAACCCCAUCUAGCCGCUGUUUGUAGCUUUUGUUUUAAUUUCUGAAACUCAGUAGUUAGAUUUACUUAGAUAUUAAUUAUGGGGUAGAUUUUAAUUGAAAAGAGGAAGGGAAAAAUGGCAUAAAAUCAGAAAAUUGUGAAAAAUUGGCAGCAGUUGGAAGAUUGUAUUUGUACAGUUGUGAUAUAUUCCUUGUUUGGCUUUAUAUAAUUAUAAUUUUUUCUUUGGAA